AUGGAGAAAAAGAAGGCGAAGAAAGAGCCGCCGAAGGAGCCGAAUCAUUGUGCCAAGCCGAAGGAGGAGAAGGCUUCGAAGGAGAGUGCGUGCGGCCAGGCGAAGCCUAAGGCUUCGAAGGAGAGUGGCUGCGGCCAGACAGAGUCUAAGGCUUCGAAGAAGGACUCCUGCAGCAAGCCGGAACCGAAAGCUUCUAAGGAGAGUGCCUGCGGCAAGGCAGAACCUAAGGCUUCGAAGAAUGACUCCUGCGGCCAGGGGAAGGAGAACAAAUCUUCAAAGAAGGACCCCUGUGCCGUAUACCAAAACUUCUUGGGCGAUGGCAAGGGGAAAAAGAGCAAACAAACUCAAGAACCAACCAGCGGGAAAUCGGUGGCCAACAAAUCUCCAGCGCCAACCUGUGAGACGGCGGCGGACAAAAUGGCGACGUUGCAACAACAACAACAACCCGAGAGCCAGAUCGCCAAAGGGGCGCCGUCAGCCAACGAAAUAAGACAGCCAGUGGACUGGAAUGAAAUGGAAAGCCUCUUGAGCUGCAUGGUAACCGGCGUGAAGGUGGCAUGCGUCACCUACAAGAAGCGGAAAAUCUUCGAUAAAUUGGCGGCGGCACGCGACAGAAGGCUGGACCAUGAAGAAGCAGCACAAAACAUGAUAUGCGCAGCCGGUGCCGCCCAGUUUAGAGUGCAUAGAAAGCAGUUCAAAGUUCAUGCAAGCACAAAGCAGCGUAUAUUCAAAUAA